ACACUCACCCUCCGCUAGCACGUUUAAAAGUGUAACGUAAAUAWWAAUAAAAAUAUAUUAUAAUAAAUAUUAUCUGCUCGCUGACGGUGUGCCGACGUCGCGUCUCUCACGCAAAGGGUUGCAGCUCGCUCGGGCCAACGCGUCUCACGUCGAACGUUUUCUAAUUUCGUAAAUUUUGUUUCCUGGGAGCUGUUCCCCACCUCACAUCCAAAAAACUAACAUCGUGAGUCGGUUGGCGCGCGCGCGGGUCAACGUAGUCGUCGACGUCUGUUUUUGUGCGAGUUUCGCGGCGCGCGCACACGCGGCUCGCGGUUGUGAGUGUGCGUGUGGAUGUGUGGGACGUGUUAAGUGUUUUGGUGUGUGUGUGUGUGUUGGUGUGUUUUGCGCCAUAGCCGGUGGACAGGCGCGAGAGUGCGCGUGCCGCGUGUGAGAGCGCGUAUCUGUGUGUUUUAGCGACUACGUUGUGCGAGUGCGUGCGUACGGACGACCCAAAGGAACCAACCGACGGGACCACACGAACUCGAACGUCCACUCAUUAGUGCAUACAACUCACUGACGGUUUAGUUCAGUGGAAUUGGGUCGGUCUUCGAAAAUUCGUCUGCAAUAAUAUAUUCGCGCGGUGAACGAUAUUGUAAUAUAGACAAGUACACACACCGGAGGAACGACCCAAUCGAGUAUCCGUUAAAUGGCUUUUCUGAAAAUAUCUACAUCCCGUAAGUGCAGUCAAAUAUUAUUGCAAGAUCCGUUCAGGAACGACGUGUACGCUCGACUAGUGCGGUCGCUAACAACCAAUGCUAAUGGACCCGCUGAACAGCAUCAGCAGCGCAGGAACAGCAGCGUGGUGUCCAGCUCGUCAGCUGCCACCUACGAAGCGAGGCCCAAAUUCGAUCCACUGGACACGUCGUUUGCAAACCCGGAGGCCACGUUCAAGAGCAAGACCACCUGGGAGAUAUUUAGAGCUUACAUAGUUUACCAGCUAUGCUCGUCCAGUUAUCUCGUCGAGAACAACAUGCAGCUAAUGAAACUUUGCAAAGCAGUUUUUGGUGAAAAAUUAUUCACAUUAAUGAUGAAAAUGACAUUUUAUGGUCAUUUUGUUGCGGGAGAAGAUCAAUAUCGUAUUGUUCCUACUUUGAAACGUUUAAGAUCUUUUGGUGUUAAACCAAUUUUAGAUUAUUCUGUUGAAGAAGAUCUUAGUCAAGAAGAAGCUGAAAAACGUGAAGUUGAAUCAAGCAUGUCAGAAAUUGAAAAAAGAGACCAAAAUGCUGCUAAAAAAGAAGGUUCUGUUUUAGCGGAAACAGUUGGAGGUUCUCUACCACAGUACCACGUGGAUAAACAGUUCGCGGAUAGAAGGUACAAGGUGCAGAGUGCUCGAACAUAUUUCUAUCUGAAUGAAGCUACUUGUGAACGUAACAUGGAAGUAUUCACCAACUGCCUACACGCAGUAGCCGGUGCUACCUAUGGAACAGGAAUUACAGCAAUCAAAUUAACAGCUCUUGGACGUCCUCAACUUUUGUUGCAAUUGUCAGAAGUAAUUAUGAGGGCUCGUACAUUAGCUAGUGAAAUUAUGGGUGGCAAAGGUAAUGUGAUUGGUCAGCAUCUCACUCUUGAGGAGUUAGACAAACGUUUGUUCCAAGCUGGAAUCAAGGAUACUAAAAAAUUUUUGGAAAAAGUCACCAAAGACAGUGAAGGUGUUAUUCAUUUAUUCCCUUGGAGUGGUUUGUUAGAUGAAAAUUCUGAACUAAGUGAUUCGUUCCGUGUCCCUUGCUUAAAAGAAGGCCGUAUGGUCAGACUAUUAUCUCAAUUGUCUAAAAAAGAAGAGGAAAUGUUCCGUAAUAUGGUUCAUCGACUCAAUACAUUAGUUCAGACUGCUAAAGAUCUAGAUGUUCGUAUAAUGAUUGAUGCUGAACAAACAUAUUUUCAACCAGCUAUAUCUAGAUUGACUCUUGAAUUGAUGCAAAAGUAUAAUACGGAAAAAGCUAUUGUGUUUAAUACAUACCAAUGUUACCUUAAAGAAACACUUAACGAAGUCAAGACUGAUUUAAAUCAAGCUAAGAGACAAAAAUUCUAUUUUGGAGCCAAACUUGUGCGGGGUGCAUAUAUUGAUCAGGAGAGGGCAAGAGCUGCUGCACUGGGCUAUGCUGAUCCAACCAAUCCAUCAUAUGAAGCUACGACAGAAACCUAUCACCAAACGCUGACUGAGUGUUUAACACGUAUUAAGGAACUGAAAGAUAAAGGUGAUGUGUGCAGCAAGAUUGGUAUAAUGGUUGCAUCACAUAACGAAGAUACAGUCCGCUUCGCAUUAUCACAAAUGAAAGAAAUCGGAAUCUCACCUGAAGACAAAGUUAUCUGCUUCGGACAGCUGCUUGGCAUGUGUGACUUYAUCACGUUCCCCUUGGGCCAAGCAGGAUAUUCGGCGUACAAGUAUAUACCAUAUGGCCCAGUCAACGAAGUUCUACCAUAUCUGUCUCGCCGAGCAAUGGAGAAUAAGGGUGUGCUAAAGAAGUUGGUCAAGGAAAAACAAUUACUGAGAAAAGAACUUUUCAGACGUAUACUGCGUGGACAGUUCUUUUACAAACCUUCUGGAAAUUAUACGCCAGUUUAAAAAACAACAUAUAAGCCUUAAUAUCAUAUAGUAAGCGCAAGUCUCUCUAAUGGUAUGCCGAUUAGUCUUAUGUUUUUACUAUUCUCCCUCCAAUAUAAACUUAACUUUACUUAAUUGUAUGACUGAUUAUAUCUGAAUAGACAGUGAUUUUCAGCAUUA